CCGGAGCCGAGCUGCUCCCCGCUGAGUGAACUUUUCUACCCGGGGUCUGUCGCCUUAUCCCGGACACAGGAGGCGGAGGAGGAGGCCGGGGGACAGGAAAGAAGAAGAAGAAGAAGAAGAAGAACCAGAAGAAGAAGAAGUCAGACAUGCUGUGAAAAGAAUACACGUCUUCUUCUUAUUUACCAAAAAACACCAGAAGCCCGUUUAACACUUACCCGUGAGGAGGAGGAGGAGGAGGAGGUGCAGGAGGAGGAGAAGCCCGGAGAGAGAGAGCGAAACGCGGGGAGCAAGAUGCAGCUGGCCGCGGUGCUGUGCGGAGCCCUGGUAACUUUACUGCUCCACCACACUCCAGGUGUUGAGAGCAGUGCCGAGUGUUCUUGUGGGAGGAGUCACUUCACGUGUGCGGUCAGUGCCUUCGGGGAGUGCACCUGCAUCCCGGCCCAGUGGCAGUGUGACGGGGACAACGACUGCGGGGACCUCAGCGACGAGGACGGAUGCAUGCUCCCGACCUGUUCGCCGCUCGACUUCCACUGCGACAACGGCAAAUGUAUCCGUCGCUCGUGGGUUUGUGACGGAGACAACGACUGUGAGGACAACUCCGACGAGCAGGACUGUCCUCCCAGGGAGUGUGAGGAAGACGAGUUCCACUGCCAGAACGGCUACUGUAUCCGCAGCCUCUGGCACUGUGACGGGGACAACGACUGUGGGGACAACAGUGAUGAACAGUGUGACAUGCGUAAAUGCUCGGACAAGGAGUUCCGCUGCACAGACAGCAGCUGCAUCGCGGAGCACUGGUACUGUGACGGGGACACGGACUGCAAGGACGGGUCAGAUGAGGAAAACUGCCCGUCCGAUGUGAUGACAGCCACCUGCAGCGUGGAGGAGUUCCAGUGUGCGUAUGGACGCUGCAUCCUGGACAUCUACCACUGUGACGGGGACGAUGACUGCGGGGACUGGUCGGACGAGUCGGACUGUUCCUCCCACCAGCCCUGCAGGUCGGUUGAGUUCAUGUGCAGCAGCGGGAUGUGCAUCAACGCCGGCUGGAGGUGUGACGGCGAGUACGACUGUGAGGACCAAUCGGAUGAGAAGAACUGCACCACGUCCAUGUGCACGGCCGACCAGUUCCGCUGUGGCACCGGGCGCUGUGUGCGUUUGUCGUGGAGAUGUGACGGCGAGGACGACUGCUCGGAUCGCAGCGACGAGGAAGGCUGCGAGAAAACUGGUGAUCCUCCGUGUGCUCCGGAUCAGUUCCAGUGUGGGAACGGACGCUGCAUCGGUCAGAGGAAGGUCUGCAACGAGGUCAACGACUGCGGGGACGGGACGGACGAGCACCCGCAUCACGACUGCCGACCGCGCUCCAGUGAGGGCAACUGUAACCAGAAUAAUGGAGGCUGCUCCCAGAAGUGUCAGAUGGUCAGAGGACUGGUCCAGUGCACCUGUCACACUGGCUACAGACUGAUGGACGACGGCAAAGCCUGCCAGGAUGUGGACGAGUGUGCAGAAGAAGGCUACUGCAGCCAGGGCUGCACCAACACGGAGGGGGGGUUCCAGUGCUGGUGCGUCCAGGGCUACGAGCUCCGACCCGACAAGCGCAGCUGCAAAGCUCUGGGGCCGGAGCCGGUUCUGCUGUUCGCCAACCGCAUCGACAUCCGGCAGGUUCUGCCGCAUCGCUCCGAGUACACGCUGCUGCUCAACAACCUGGAGAACGCCAUCGCCCUGGACUUCCACCACGACCGCGAGCUGGUGUUCUGGUCGGACGUGACGCUGGACCGCAUCAUGAAGGCCAACCUGAACGGCUCCAACGUGGAGGAGGUGGUCUCCACGGGCCUGGAGAGUCCAGGUGGACUGGCCAUAGACUGGAUCCAUGACAAGCUGUACUGGACGGACUCUGGGACGUCCCGCAUCGAGGUGGCCAACCUGGACGGGACGCACCGCAAGGUGCUGCUGUGGCAGAACAUGGAGAAGCCCCGAGCCAUCGCUCUGCACCCCAUAGAGGGGAAGAUCUACUGGACCGACUGGGGCAACACGCCUCGCAUCGAGUACGCCAACAUGGAUGGAUCGAACCGGCGGGUCAUCGCGGACACGCACCUGUUCUGGCCCAACGGCCUCACCAUCGACUACGCCAGCCACCGCAUGUACUGGGUGGACGCCAAGCACCACGUCAUCGAGAAGGCCGACCUGGACGGACGCAACCGCAAGGCCGUCAUCAGCCAAGGCCUGCCUCACCCGUUUGCCAUCACGGUGUUUGAGGACAGCCUCUACUGGACCGACUGGCACACCAAGAGCAUCAACAGCGCCAACAAGUUCACCGGCAAGAACCAGGAGAUCAUCCGCAACAAGCUGCACUUCCCCAUGGACAUCCACACCCUGCACCCCCAGAGGCAGCCCGCAGGGGGCUGGAACCGAUGUGGCACCAACAACGGAGGCUGCAGUCACCUGUGUCUCCCCAGCAACAUGACCUUCACCUGCGCCUGUCCCACCGGCUUCAAGAAGGUCGACCACCUCAGCUGUGCUGAUGGUCUUGACAAGUUCCUGCUUUUUGCCCGAAGGACGGACAUCCGACGAAUCAGCUUCGACACCGAGGACAUGUCCGACGACGUCAUCCCUCUGGCCGACGUGCGCAACGCCGUGGCGCUCGACUGGGACGCCAAGGACGGCUUCAUCUACUGGACGGACGUCACCACGGACUCUAUCAACAGAGCGCUGUGGAACGGCUCCAAGCAAGAGGUGGUGGUCGACACCAGUCUGGAGAGUCCAGCAGGUCUGGCGAUUGACUGGGUGACCAACAAGCUCUACUGGACCGAUGCUGGUACAGAUCGGAUCGAGGUAUCGAACGGCGAUGGGAGCAUGCGCACCGUCCUGAUCUGGGAGAACCUGGACCGGCCCAGGGACAUUGUCGUCGACCCGAUCGGAGGCUUCAUGUACUGGACAGACUGGGGGGCCAACCCGAAGAUCGAGCGCGCAGGAAUGGACGCCUCCAAUCGCGUGGUCAUCAUCUCGUCCAACCUGACGUGGCCCAAUGGGCUCGCCAUCGACUACGAGACCCAACGCCUGUACUGGGCCGACGCUGGCAUGAAAACCAUCGAGUUUGGAAACUUUGAUGGUUCUGACCGACAGGUUCUGAUUGGCACUCAGCUGCCUCACCCCUUCGGCCUGACUGUGCACAAGGACAAGCUGUACUGGACAGACUGGCAGUCCAAGAGCAUCCAGAGCGCCGACAAGCUCACCGGGCUGGGACGGCAGACGCUGGCUGAGAACCUGGAGAACCUCAUGGAUAUUCACAUGUUCCACCGGCACCGCGAGACAGUACACAACCCCUGUGCAGUGAGUAAUGGAGGCUGCAGCCACCUCUGUCUCCUGGCUCCUGCUCCCAAAGCCUCCAGCUGCGCCUGUCCCACCGGGAUCAACCUGCAGCCGGAUGGAAAGACCUGCACGUCAGGAAUGAGCAGCUUCCUGAUCUUUGCGCGGAGGACAGACAUCAGGAUGGUUUCUCUGGACAUCCCCUACUACGCUGAUGUGGUUCUGGCCGUUAACAGCUCCAUGAAAAACACCAUCGCCAUCGGUGUCGACCCCAAAGAAGCGAAGGUGUACUGGUCCGACAGCACACUGAAGAAGAUCAGCAGAGCUUACAUCAACGGAUCAGAACACGAGGACAUCAUAUCUACAGGGCUGGUGACCACCGACGGCCUCGCGGUGGACGCUCGCGGCAGGAAGAUCUACUGGACGGACACGGGGACCAACCGCAUUGAGGUCGCCAACCUGGACGGCUCCAUGAGGAGAGUUCUCGUGUGGCAGAACCUGGACAGUCCCCGAGCCAUCGCGCUCUACCACGAGAUGGGGUACAUGUAUUGGACAGACUGGGGGGAGAACGCCAAGCUGGAGCGUUCGGCGAUGGACGGAACCGACCGCGUGGUUCUCAUCAGUAACAACCUGGGCUGGCCCAACGGCCUGGCCAUCGACAUGGCUGGCUCACAGCUGCUGUGGGCCGACGCUCACACUGAGCGCAUCGAGGCGUCCGACCUGAACGGGCAGAACCGCCACACCCUUGUGACUCCGGUCCAGCACCCGUACGGCCUGACCCUGCUGGGGCCCCACAUCUACUGGACAGACUGGCAGAGCCGCAGCAUCCAGAGAGCUGACAAGAGCACCGGGGCCAAUACCAUCACGGUGCAAGCCAACCUGCCAGGCCUGAUGGACAUCCAGGCCGUGGACAGGGAGAGGCCACUGGGUUUUAAUAAGUGUGGCCAGAGGAACGGCGGCUGCACCCACCUCUGCCUUCCUCGUCCCAACGGCACUUCCUGCGCCUGUCCCACCGGCAUCUUGCUCAAGGGAGACGACAGGUCAUGUGACGACUCCCCGGAGACGUUCCUGGUUUUCUCCAACCGGGUCAGCGUGCGCAGGAUCUCCCUGGACACCGACGACCACACGGACGUGCACGUCCCGGUGCCGGAGCUGCACAACGUGAUCUCGCUGGACUACGACAGCGUGGACGGGAAACUUUACUACACCGAUGUCACCCUGGAUGUUAUAAGGCGAUCCAAUCUAGACGGCAGUGGGAUGGAGACGGUGAUCAGCCAGGGCCUAAAAACCACAGAUGGGCUGGCCGUAGACUGGGUGUCCAGGAACAUGUACUGGACCGACACUGGGCGCAACACCAUCGAGGUGGCCCGGCUGGACGGGACCAGUCGCAAAGUCCUGGUCAACAACAGUCUGGACGAACCCAGAGCCAUCGCAGUGUUCCCCAGCAAAGGGUUCCUGUUCUGGACCGACUGGGGUCACAUCGCGAAGAUUGAGCGAUCACAUCUGGACGGCUCCGACCGGAAGGUUCUGAUCAACACGGACCUGGGCUGGCCCAACGGCCUCACGCUGGACUACGACACCCGCAGGAUCUUCUGGGUGGACGCUCACCUGGACCGGAUCGAGAGCUCGGACCUAAACGGGAAACUGCGCCAGAUCCUCGUCAGCCCGGUGUCCCACCCGUUCGCCCUCACGCAGCAAGACCGCUGGAUCUACUGGACGGACUGGCAGACCAAGUCCAUCCAGCGGGUGGACAAGCACACGGGCCGUAACAAGGAGACCGUGCUGCCCAACGUGGAGGGCCUCAUGGACAUCAUAGUGGUGUCGCCUCACAGGCAGACGGGUACCAACCUCUGUGGAGUGAAUAACGGCGGCUGCACUCACCUCUGCUUCGCCAAGACCAGCACGUUUGUGUGCGCCUGCCCCGACGAGCCGGAUGGGAAACCCUGCUCCACCAUUUCAGGUUACAUCCCCACGUCUCCCACCAGAGGAACCAGCAGCACUCCUGUCCCCAACAGGAUCCCCAACGCUCCCACAGACACUCCACACAGAGGACCAGUCCCCGUCAACUGCACUGACAAGAACCUGAACAUGGAAGGCUGCACGAGCAACGUGGUGACGGCUCCUCAUGGAGAAGGUCUUCACAUCAGCUACGUGAUCGGGGGAGUUCUGACCAUCCUGGCUAUUCUGAUCCUCAUCGCCGCUCUGAUCAUCUACAGGCACAAAAAGUCAAAGUUCGCCGACCCCGGAGUGAGCAACCUGACCUACAGUAACCCGUCGUACCGGACGUCCACGCAGGAGGUGAAGAUCGAGGCGUCGCAGAAACCUCCGAUCUACAACCAGCUGAGAUACAAGAAGGAGGGGGGAGUGGACGGAGGCUACACCAAGGAGAAGAUCCGCAUCGUGGAGGGCGUGUGUCUCCUGUCCCACGACGAGCUUUACUGGGACGACCUCAAACAGAUCAAGCCGUCCCGAGGCGGCCUGCACACCUGCAUGCGCACCGACACCGUGUCCCUGCAGACCAGCAGCGCCUCGCUGGACGACGGCGAGACGGAGCAGCUCCUCCAGGAGGAGGCGUCCGAAUGCUCCUCCAUCACCACCCUGACUCCUUCAGCCAUCACCCCGCAGCGCCACGCCCAGCACAGCCUGCCCGACACCGGCUGGAGCUCCACGCGCAAGCCCUCCACCGAGAGUGAAGUGUGA